GCCGUCUACGCCAUGGUGAACCUGGUCAUCUUCUACCCCGCCGCCUCUGCCUGGACAUGGCUGGCAUUCAUCUUCAGCUCGGUGAUCUACGGCACCAGCUACCGGUCCAUGAACUCCAUGGCAAAGCCGUCUUUCACAGACGAUGGCAGCCUUGCCGACGGAGGAAUUGACCUGAAUAUGGAGCAGGGGAUGGCAGAGCACCUCAAGGACGUGAUCCUGCUGACAGCCAUGGUGCAAGUGCUGAGCUGCUUCUCGCUCUACGUCUGGUACUUCUGGCUCUUGGCUCCGGGGCGCGCUCUCUACCUCCUGUGGGUGAACAUCCUGGGGCCCUGGUUUACAGCUGACUCGUCGCCCGCCGGUCAGGAACCAAAUGAGAAGAAGCAACGCCGACAGGAACGCCGCCAGAUGAAACGCUUCUAGCCCUGGCUGGGGAGAUAGAUUAACGCCGUCUCCCAUCUCCAUGCUGUUAUUUCAUCAGGGAUGCGACCGAAACCAUCACAGUAGCUAUGUUGCCCUCUCUCAUUGCUGCCAUUCCACUAGAAAGGCUGCAAGAGACUUCCCUUGGUUGGUUCUUAGCGCCAGUCGAGGCCUUGCUCCUUGGGAGGACGAGGGGGUGAUGGUGGGGUGUGUGUAAAUACCUUUUUCAAGCAGUGCUGUAUCGUGUUCGAGGUUGGGGAUUGCAACGUUGGAGGAAAUAGUACAUUAAAGAGCAGAGUCUAAUUGAC